UGGUUUGACCCUCCACGUGUUGACUGUUUACACAGGCAGACUCUCUGAUAACAAGGACCUAUAAGUCGGAUGAGAGGAGAAGUCCCUCUGCAGACCCCUGAUCCUCAGACAGUUAAAAAUGCAUCUAAAAGUUGUGAUCUUCGCCUUGUCAUUCUUGACAGCAUCAGCAUACCCACUCACACCAGAGGAGGCAACUCGGAAAGCCAACCAGGCUCAUGACAAGACCGAACCUAUUAAGGAUGACGAUAACAUCUACAAGACCAACAUCGACAGCAGUGACCUUUACGGCCGAGAUGACCUCACCAAGAACCCCGUGGCAGAAGAGAUGCAACGCAAACUCAACAUGGAGUCGGAGCGCCUGCGCAUCCGUCUGCGCCAGGAGCUGGCCGAGCUACGAGAGAGGUUGUCCCCAUCUCCGGCCCACCCCAGCUCCGCUCUAGCCAGCAUGAGGGAGCGUUUGGCUCCUCUCACCCAGCAGCUCCAGAGCUCCCUCAGCAGCAACACCAAAGAUUUGUGCGGCCAGCUGAGCCUCUAUCUGCAGGGCCUGGAGACGGCAGAGGAGCAGGCAGAGGCCAAUCCGGCUCUGUACCAGGAAGCCUUCCAGUGGGUGAGCCAAACAAUGGAGCACAGCAGCGCCAAGGUGGCCGCCGUCAUUGACGACUUCCACGCUAAAACCGUCGAGAUGAUCGACCGUCUGAAAGAGAUCAGCGGCGGUGAGCAAGAGGCGGCCGAGUCAGAGCAAUGGCUGGAAAUCAGUUCCAGGUUGGGACAGGAAGUGGGUUUGCUGAGAAUGGAGGCGCAAGAGAGGACAGGGGCUCUUAAAUCUGAGCUUGCCGCUCUGCUGGGAACGUCACGCCUUUGUAAGGCGGACGUCACAGACAGCAUGGAGCGGUUUUGCGAAAAUGCGGCCCUGCAGAGCCAAGUUUUCGACGUCCGAAUGGAGAGGCUGUUUCAGGGGCUUGAGGAGGAGUCUGAGGUCCAGGGAGCCUACGGUCUGUCUCCUGUUUCUUCUUCCUCCUUGCAGGGGGAUUUCACAGUCAAACUCUCUGCUCUCAUCCAGGACAUUAUGCACUCAGUGCAGUGAGACAACUGUACAAUCUUCGCACAAAGCUAACAAUAAAAAAGUGAAUAAUUCCAUUCA